GGCAGGGCUUGGCGUGCGGGGCGUGGGAGUGGGGCCGGGCCGGGCCGGCAGCAGUGGAGCGAGCAGCGAUGGCUGGGGGGGUCUCCCAGCCACUUUUGAUUGCGGCCCAAGCAAGGGCGGGGGGGUCGCCUCAGCCCCGGGGCGGGGCGGGUGAUUAGCGGGGAUCCUGGUUUUCUCUGAUUUAAAAAAAACAACCACAUUUUGAUUAAGAAAAGUAACCCAAAAUUCACAUUUUUCCACGAUUAAAAUGGAACGCCCCUAUAUCUACAUCUAUAUGUUAGCAGUGCUUUGUUGUAAUCAUGGGAAAAUGUUUUUUUUUCCUUUAAUCCAAAAAUUGGGGAUUUUUUUUUUUUUAAAUCAGAGAGAACUAGGAUUCCUGGUGAUUAGUCCCUGUGAGAUGCUUUGCGCCAGCCAGAGGGAUCUGCCUUGGCUGGAGUGAGCAAAAUGCCACAGGGUGCAGCCUCCUGUGUUGGGGACAGUGAUUUGGGGUCGGGCUCAUGGGGCUGCGACUGCCAGGGGUGGUCCAGAGCAGCUCCGUGAUGCCAGGAAGAGAUACUAACUAGAAAUGAGUGAAAGUGGGAACUCGGAUGUGAAAGAUGUAGGUUCUGGGGAAGAUGAGAGAGAACAGCUUCAGGAGUUCACUGAGAAUUUUAAUCAACUUGAAUUGCUGGAAACGCAUAGACAUCUAAUUCCCAUAGGAACUCAGAGCUGCUGGUCAGGGCAGUCUGAGGAUGAGGAAGAUGAGCAAGAGAAAAGCGAGGAGUGGUACCAAAUGCAAGAAAAGCAAAUGGAAAAGAAUCCAGAUAAGCUGUUGCUCUGGGCAGCUGAAAAUAAUCGGCUUAGUACAGUACGAAGGCUCCUAUCACAAAAUCUAGCUCCAGUAAAUGUUCAAGAUGAAGAUCAGUACACACCUCUGCAUCGUGCUUCCUACAGCGGACACUUGGACAUUGUGCAUGAAUUGAUUGGCCAAGGUGCAGAUAUCCAUGCACUGACUGUGGAUGGCUGGACACCCCUGCAUAGUGCAUGUAAGUGGAACAAUACAAAAAUAGCUUCGUUCUUGCUUCAGCAUGGUGCAGAUAUCAAUGCUCAGACGAAUGGUUUGCUGACACCAUUGCAUCUUGCUGCAGGAAACAAAAAUAGUAAAGAAACCCUGCAGCUUCUGCUGAUGAAUCGCUACGUGAAACCAAACUUGAAAAAUAACUUGGAUGAAACUGCCUUUGAUAUUGCUAGGAGGACUGAUGUCUACUAUUACCUUUUUGAAAUAGUAGAGGACUGCAUAAAUUCUGCACCAGACUCUUAAAAAAAAAACUUUGUAUGUGAAUUUCUUUUCUUUCUCCUAUGUACAACCGUUGCUGUAUUCAAAUGUGGUGUUUUCUCCCUGAUAGCAAAGAUUUAAAGGGAGAUACUUUGUGGGGCCUCUUAUGACCUAAAAUCUUGUUGUUUUUGCAAACAUCCAUUACAACUCAUUGGGGUUAUUUGUUUUGGGGGUUUUUCCCCACUUGCUUCCUAAUGUGAUCACUCUAUUCAAAGAGUUUUGAGAGUAUUCAGGACACUGCAGUGAAUGUAAUAUUUAGCUAUGGGUCUCCACGUAUUAAGUGGAGAUUGAUAGACCCUUAUUUAAUUACAGUCCAAAACACUAAAAUCAAGGAGAAAACUGGAAUAUAUGGCACGGUGGGUGGGGCAGGGGCAGGAAUUGUUAGUUGUUAGUCAGUGUUUAUUAGAAUCUUUAUUGUGAGAGACUUAUUUUUAAAAUUUUAAGUGCAUGAAAAAUCGGACUGAAUGCAACUCAUAGAGAUGUUACUCGAAACAUAUAACAAUGCUUCUGGAAAGCUUAUUAAAACAGUA